GAAAAAAAAAAGAGAUGAUACGCAUCCCCUUUUCCCCUUUCCAUCUCCUUCUCCUUCUCUGCCCGCCCGAAUCAUUAAUUAACCCUCUAUAAUUUCGUUCUUUCCCUUCGAUUGUUUACUGCUUUCCGUGUCCUAUCUCUUGUUCUUUAAUCUUUAUUUUGUUUAAUGUUAUUAUAAAACACCAUCCCCGGCGUUAUCAUCUCUUCUGUCUUCUCUCUCGCACUUGCUGGCUGGGUGGGGUGGGUGCGAAUCUCAAAGCAAACGGAGAGGAGAGGGAGACCCGGUCGGGCGUGGAUUCCUUGCUUGGGUUCGGCUUUGUGGCGGUAAUGUGACGAAGAGGAGCUGAGAUCGGCCUCCAUGGAUCCGCCCUUCUCCGGAUUUGUCCUUGACCCAUCUAAAUGUCGCGAGCUGAGCAUUGAGGAAAAGAGAGAACUCAUUCGUGAACUGUCAAAAUGGCCAGAGAGUGCUCCUGAAAAGCUACAGGCAUGGAGCCGCCGGGACCUUUUGGAGAUCUUAUGUGCAGAGCUUGGAAAGGAGAGAAAGUACACUGGCUUAACCAAGCAGAAAAUGAUAGAAUAUCUUUUUAGAGUUGUGUCAGAGAAGAAAUCUGGGAAUCAUGGAGAAGACAUGGACUCAACUUCAGAACCGCCAAAAUCUAUUUCUCAGACUCCAUCUAAAAGACAGAGGAAGAAUGAUCAUCCAUCACGACUACCUGUUGCAACAAACAGUCUCCUAGCAAGUGAUGGAAAUGAAGCUCUAAAUAACAUCCGAUACUGCCAGAAUUUAGCUUGCAGGGCUACUCUUACCCUAGAGGAUAUGUUCUGCAAACGGUGCUCCUGCUGUAUAUGUCACAAGUAUGAUGACAAUAAGGACCCUAGCCUUUGGCUGUUUUGUACUUCAGAAGCUCCUUAUCAAGGUAAUUCUUGCGGCUUGUCGUGUCACCUUGAGUGUGCGCUCAAGCAUGAAAGAGCUGGCAUCCUGAAAAAUGGACAGUGUACAAGAUUGGAUGGCAGCUACUACUGCAUAUACUGUGGAAAAGUUAAUGACUUACUAGGAUGCUGGAAAAAACAACUCAUGAUUGCCAAGGAUGCUCGACGUGUGGAUGUACUAUGCUAUCGGAUUUCUCUGAGUCAUAAACUUCUUAGCUUAACAGUUAAAUAUCAAAGCUUGCAUGAGAUUGUGGACACAGCAAUGAAGAAACUGGUGGUUGAGGUUGGGCCAAUCACUGAUCUACCAAACAUGGCACGUGGGAUUGUCAACAGACUAUGUGUUGGUGCUGAAGUUCAGAGGCUGUGUGCGCAUGCUGUAGAGUUACUAGAUUCUAUGCUUUCUAGUGCACCAUCAGUUGACCCUCAAGUACAAGAAGAAAAGUUGCUAUCAUCCAGCUUUAUCAAAUUUGAGGCCAUGUCUGCAACUUCUCUUACUGUUGUAUUAGAUUUGGAAGAUCAUACGACAUUAGCGCAACAGAUAGCUGGUUUCACUGUGUGGCAUCGAAAGGCUGAAACUCUGGACUAUCCCACAGAACCAUCUUGUACUUUAUUUAAGCCAAACAAAAGGUUCCAGGUAACAGAACUCACUCCAGCCACAAAAUACAUGUUCAAGGUGAUUGCCUUUGGCAGUGUGAGGGAAUUGGGCAAGUGGGAAGUUGGAAUCAUAACCGCAGGCAUCUCAAAGAAUGAUUCAAAGAACUUGGUAUCAGAAGCAGCUUCCAUUAAACCGCAUUGUGGAAGUCCAAAAACAAACAGCGGUGGCCUUUCCAAUCAUACUUCAGAAGGAGAUGAAUCUAAUAAUAAUACUGUGUAUGCCGACCUGAACAAGUCGCCUGAAAGUUGUUAUGGUUAUAGUGAGAAGCCAGAGAUUCUGGACUUAGAAAAAAUAUCUGAAGACACCUGCAAGGAUGCAAGCAAUUCACUGAAUGCAUUUGUCGGCAACAUAAGUGGAACAGGAGGUACUGAGCCGGAGGAAACACCAGGACACUCUGGUUCUGCUUUAGAUGAGGAACCCAAUUCAACUAUUCAGAGUGAGUCCCAUAGAGGUUCCACAAAUUCUAUGGAGCACAACCAGACAUUGGAUGUCCCAAAGUCAGAGAAUGAGUCUAAUGCACCAAUUGGAAAUAAGAUGGUGAUUGUUCCAUAUGGGCGCUCUGAUUCCACCCUGCUUGUGACUCCCUGCAGGUUGGAAACUGGUAAAGAAGGUUCUGGAAGGAGCAGCAAAGUAAAGCCAGGAGGCAAUAUACUUGAGAAUGGAAUGUCAAAGGCAGAUAGAGAACCAGGGAGCUCGUCAAAGAAAAGAAUUGCAGGGAAGUGUGAGGAGAUAUGUAUCAAAGAUGGGUCACUGGAAGGAUCAUACGAGUAUUGCGUUAAGGUGGUCAGAUGGCUGGAGUGUGAGGGGCACAUUGAGACCAACUUCAGGAUUAAGUUUCUGACUUGGUUCAGUUUGCGUGCAACGCCACAGGAGAGGAGAAUUGUGAGUGUUUAUGUUGAUACUCUGAUUGAUGAUCCUGGAAGCCUUGCAGGACAGCUGGUGGACACCUUUUCAGAAACAGUCUGCAGCAAGAGACCUCCACCGGUACCAACUGGGUUCUGCAUGAAGCUCUGGCAUUAAGACUUGGAGAGCUAUUCUUCUCUGGGUAAUAUAUGAGCCCAAUUCUUUGGAUGCAAAUUGUUGCAUCAAUUCUUCAUUAAACAUUUCAUUCAGUAGCUUCAGGUUGAUUAAUACAUUAGCUCAUUAUCACUAGAGCUUUCCAUCUUUAUAACUGUAGCUUUCAUUUGUAGAACUGUUUUCUUUUUCUGUGCUUAGGAAAUUGUAAUGCUCUGCUCUUUAUCUUUACAAGAACACUAGGGACUCUUUCUUCUGUAUUAAACUUAAUUCAUUUGGUUAAAAUUAUAUUCUCUUUGCUGAAAA